GUCAACAAUAGAACUUCUGCGCCAGCCUUCUCUCGCCUGAGUAUCAGUGACAAAUUUCUCCGGUUCUCGCUGGUACGCUUGUCCUCAUCUAUUUAGCCUGCCGGGCACUCUACAGGAGGGGCACCUGUACAUCGGCUUACUUUUGGCCAGCACCAUUUUUUCCGUUCUGCGGAAACUUCUUUAACGGUCUUUGGUUGGAAGCCGGUUACUGAACUCCGGUAGGAGUGUAGGCGUCCCUCCCUGCUGGGGCUUGGCAAGGGCGUCCACCGGAUCUAAUCGGAAACUUCAAGUUUCUAUCUCCAUUUACAAAGGCACUUUUGUUCUUUUUCUCUCAUCGUCCAGCCUUGGGCAACAAUUUUUCCUGGUACGAUUGAGAACCCAGGCUGGAUACGGCUUAUGUUGUCAGUGGCCCUGAUUAACACAACAAAGAAAGAAAGAAGAAGAACCCAACAAAGAAAGUCAACAAUAAACAGUGUUUGUGGUGUCUAACACAGAAGUAUUUUGUGGAAGACUACCAGGUUGUGUCUUGCCAGACACUAUAUUUUCAGUACUUCAAGAAGCACCAGUGUAAGUGUCUUGAACAACAACUGAUAUUGCAGAAGUAUUUUGUGGAAGACUACCAGGUUGUGUCUUGCCUGACACUAUAACUUCAGUACUUCAAGAAGCACCAGUGUGUCUUGAACAACAACUGAUAUUGCAGAAGUAUUUUGUGGAAGACUACCAGGUUGUAUCUUGCCUGACACUAUCUUCAGUACUUCAAGAAAGGCAACAGCUGUUCUUCUUGUAAAUUUUUAACUAGCUAUUACUAAUUAAAUAAUUAUGCUUUUGCAUGGCAGUUAAUUCUUUGAGGGUCUGUUUUCUAGUUCUACGACUUUAAAGUCAGGGUCUAAGCUGUAGUACUACAUCAUAAACUCAUCUUACUCAGAUAAGCUGUGAGCAGUAAAUUUGGGCCUAUAUAUGAGAGAAUGCAUCUAUGUGGUAAGUGUGCACCAUGUAAAACAAAUCCUGCUGCACACGGUGCAUAAUGAGAAAAAAACUGUGACUGUGUUUUUGGAUUAAAACAGCAAACUUUCAGUGUAUUUUCAUAUGUUUUUUUAGUAGCAUUCACUGUUUCUUGGUGUCAUUUGAUAGAAUAGAAGAUGUAUUAAAGAAAUUAUUUUGAUGGAUUUUAGUACUGAAAAUAGCCUGAAAUUGAGUUCAGAAUAGUAGAAAUGUUCUAUUUUUGCCUAUGUUAGUGGGUAAACAAAUCACAUCACGUGUCCAAUACACAUCAGCUGGUGGGUCUGAUGUGUGUUGCGGAAUGCGCUGAUAUUAUUUAUACAAUUAUUACAAUAUUGCAUAAAAAUCUUUUAUUUUUUGGUGUGAUUAAAAAAUCAAAAUGAAAUUCAUCUGUAAAGCCUGGGAAUGUAACUAAUAAAUAGAAAAAAUGUUAGUUUAGUGCCAGGAAUGCCUGCAUUGAUUAUUCUGGACCCUAUUUUGAAAUUGGAAUAUUUUGAACUUUGUGUGAAAUGGGCCAAAUUACCAAUUUCCAAUCACUUUAUUGGGAAGUUGAAAUAGUUGAUCUGGGCAAUUUUGUGCUCAGUAGAUAAAAUGGAACACAUACUAGAAAAUAGCUAAGAAUUUGGUCUAGUGGAAUAAUUUAAUUGGUCAAAAACAGGAUUCAAAGUGGGCAAAAUUGCCAAUGCAUAAAUAUCUCUGACACAGCAAAAUUUGCAGGAGCACAACUUUGUCAGUUCUUUAUCAAAUUUUGUACUUUUUAUUUUAUUACUUUCAGAAAAAGAUUCUCUACAAUUUCAUAAGAAAAAAUAAUAUUUUUUAGAUCCUGUGGGGAAUUUUCAGAUUUGGGGUCUAAACCCUCAAAUGGUUAAUAAAAGAAUACAAGUUAGCAAUUUCGUAAUUAAAAAUUUUUAGAAAAAUCUGUUUAAACACAAGAGCAAAUAAUAAUAAUAAUGUUUAGUGUAUCUGUAAAUUUCUAGUGCAUAUAUUAAUCUUUUAACACAAAAUAAAAAUUAUGAUAGUGUUUUAACACAAUGUAAACUUUAUUAGUGUUCAUAAGUAGGAAAAGUUUUGCCUAAAUAAUUCUUAACAUGGGAAUAUGUUCAUAAGGAAGACCAGAUGUUUAGUGUCCAAAAUAGUUAAAAAUCUUGAAAUAGACAUGUGAGUACAUAAGGAAGAUUAACUGUACCACUGUUGUAUGACUAAAAAUUUUUAAAUGAAAUACCUUCAUUUAAAAAAUAUGGAAAAACGUAAAGAACAUAAACCAUAUCAAUGUUCUGAGUGUCUGAAAUGUUUUAGUGUAAAAAGAUAUCUUGUCAAACAUACGAGAGUACAUACAGGAGAUAAACUAUAUCAAUGUUCAGAGUGUCUGAAAUGUUUUAGUAUAAAAAGCAGUCUUGUGUCACAUAUGAGAGUACAUACAGGAGAUAAACCAUAUCAGUGUUCAGAGUGUCUGAAAGGUUUUAGUAUAAAAAGCAGUCUUGUGACACAUAUGAAAGUACAUACAGGAGAUAAGCCAUAUCACUGUUCUAAGUGUCUGAAAUGUUUUAGUCAAAAAGGCAGUCUUGUGACACAUAUGAGAGUACAUACAGGAGAUAAACCAUAUCAAUGUUCUGAGUGUCUGAAAUGUUUUAGUAUAAAAUGCAAUCUUGUGUUACAUAUGAGAGUACAUACAGGAGAUAAGCCAUAUCAAUGUUCUGAGUGUCUGAAAGGUUUUAGUAUAAAAAGCAGUCUUGUGUUACAUAUGAGAGUACAUACAGGAGAUAAACCAUAUCAAUGUUCUGAGUGUCUGAAAUGUUUUAGUGAAAAAAGUUAUCUUGUGAAACAUACGAGAGUACAUACAGGAGAUAAACCAUAUCAAUGUUCAGAGUGUGUGAAAUGUUUUAGUAUAAAACGCAGUCUUGUGUUACAUAUGAGAGUACAUACAGGAGAUAAACCAUAUCAGUGUUCAGAGUGUCUGAAAUGUUUUAGUAUAAAAAGCAGUCUUGUGUUACAUAUGAGAGUACAUACAGGAGAUAAACCAUAUCAUUGUUCAGAGUGUCUGAAAUGUUUUAGUAUAAAAAGCAGUCUUGUGUUACAUAUGAAAGUACAUACAGGAGAUAAGCCAUAUCAAUGUUCCGAGUGUCUGAAAUGUUUUAGUCAAAAAGGCAGUCUUGUGACACAUAUGAGAGUGCAUACAGGAGAUAAACCAUAUCAAUGUUCUGAGUGUCUGAAAUGUUUUAGUCAAAAAUGCAAUCUUGUGACACAUGCGAGAGUACAUACAAGAGAUAAACCAUAUCAAUGUUCUGAGUGUCUGAAAUGUUUUAGUCAAAAAAGCAGUCAUGUGAAACAUAUGAGAGUACAUACAAGAGAUAAACCAUAUCAAUGUUCUGAGUGUCUGAAAUGUUUUAGUCAAAAAAGAAAGUUUUGUGACACAUUGAGAAAACUGGAGACGACUGUUAUGCAGGGUUCUGCAUGA